AUGUCAAAUCCAGAUUAUGAUGCCGUACGUGAAGAUAUCAAAAAGAUUAUUCCUAACAAAGAUUGGGAUGAUGGAUCUCUUGGUCCAAUUCUUGUACGUUUAGCUUGGCAUGCUUCAGGAACUUAUGAUGCUCACUCAAAGACUGGUGGUUCUAACGGAGCUACUAUGAGGUUUCAUACCGAAUCUUCUGAUCCCGCUAAUUCUGGUUUAGAACACGCACGUAAAUUUUUGGAACCAAUAAAGGAAAAACAUCCUUGGAUUUCUUAUGCCGAUCUUUGGACUCUUGCUGGUGUUGUUGCCGUUCAAGAAUUAGGUGGACCAAUUGUUCCAUGGAAACCUGGUCGCAAAGAUAAAGCUAAUGAAACAGAAUGUCCACCACAGGGUCGUCUCCCAGACGCCUCUCAAGGUGAAAAACACGUUCGAGCUGUUUUUAAUCGGAUGGGAUUCAAUGAUCGCGAGAUUGUCGCUCUCGUUGGAGCUCACGCUAUAGGUCGGUGUCACAAGGAUCGUUCGGGAUAUGAUGGACCUUGGACACAUACUCCUACCAGAUUCACCUCACAAUAUUACAUUCAAUUGUUAAAACAAAAUUGGACUACCAAAGAAGUUAACGGUCAAGUUCAAUAUAAAGAUGAUAAAGAUAGACUUAUGAUGCUUCCAGCUGAUAUGGCAUUAGUUUGGGACCCUGAAUUCAAAAAGAUUGUUGAAGAAUAUGCUAAAGACAAACAAGCAUUCUUUAAUGAUUUCGCUGCUGCAUUUGGAAAAUUGUUAGAACUUGGAGUUACACGAUCGAGUGGUGAGGCUCGAUUAUAA